AUGUGGUUUGAUUAUUUAGAGUUGCGAUGUUUAGGUGCUACUACACGAGAAUGCGUUACGAUAUCGUUUCGUGAUGGAUUGACCGUAUGUUGAACGAACGUCCUUAACCUUAAAAGAAGGUUAAUGUUUUCAUUCAACAGAAACGUGUAUUUGUGUGAAAGAAUUGUUACAGAAAAUGUCACAUCGUCUGAGUAACAAACAGAAAUUAAAGUCACUUUUACAAGUGACCACCACCGCCGCUAUGUUUUAUGGUGGCUUUUGCAUUUAUCAGGGUGAUGAGAACUUUUAUAACAAAUUUGUCAUGCCGCUUGCACGGUUGGUGAAUCCUGAGGUUGCACACAAUGCAGCAGUGCAGGUAUUAAAAUGGGGCCUUUUAUCUACAAAAGAUACAAACGAUCCAGCUUCUCUAAAUGUCGACGUUUGGGGCAUGAAGUUCAAGAAUCCGGUAGGAAUGGCAGCUGGAUCAGUUACACCGAAACCUCAACCUGGCAACUUAAAACCAAGACUGUUCAGGUUAUUGGAAGACAAUGCAGUUGUCAAUCGAUAUGGUUUCAACAGUGAGGGCCACGACAUUGUUUGGGAACGUUUGCAAAAACUCAAGAAGAAUCAGAACUUCAAUGGUAUUGUCGGGGUCAAUUUAGGUAAAAAUAAAAUGUCGGAGGAUGCCGCGCAAGAUUACAUAGAUGGUAUUAGGAAAUUCGCAGACGUUGCAGAUUACUUUGUAAUCAAUAUAUCCAGUCCCAAUACUCCUGGAUUGAGAAUGUUGCAGAACAAACGUGAUUUAGAAGACCUAUUAACAAAAAUAAACAAUGUCAGACAAUCUAUACAAAGCAAACAGCCAUUACUGUUGAAACUGGCUCCAGAUUUAUCAGAUUCUGAAAAGCAGGACAUUGCAGAUGUAAUAGCUAAGAAAAAAUCAAAAGUCGACGGUCUAAUAUUAUGUAAUACCACAGUUACGCGUAAUAAUUUAACAAGUCCUCUUAAGGAAGAACUCGGAGGGCUUAGUGGGGCUCCUCUGACCGACAUGUCCACUGCAAUGAUCUCAGAUAUGUACAAACGAACAUACGGUACCGUUCCUAUCAUUGGAGUCGGUGGAAUAUUUACUGGAGCGGACGCUUACGACAAAAUCAAAGCUGGCGCUUCUUUAGUACAAGUUUAUACGUCAUUCACGUAUCGAGGGCCACCAGUUAUAGGAAAGAUUAAACGAGAAUUGAACGAUAUGUUGAAAAAGGACGGCCUAAAGUCUAUUAAAGACGCUGUCGGAAAAGAUACCAAUAUUAGAUGA